CUCUACCAGCAAAAGCAGCAGGACCUGAUGAACAGCUACGAGCAGGCGAAGAAGAACAUUUUGAACCAGCAGCUGCAGGCGUAUUAUCAGCAAAUCCUUGCCAAUGCCCUGCAACAGCAGCAGCAGAACAUGGCCGCCACGCAGCCGGAGCAAAUGGAUGAGUCGGAUGGGCCGGCAAUGCCCAUCCAUCUGACCUCGUCGAUGUCGUCGCUCCUUGGCAGUCCUGGGUCUCAAUCUGUUCCCCAGACCCCCACCAACACCAAGGAGUCCAAGGAAAAUCCGUUGGCCGCGCAUUCGAAGUCGCAAAAGAAAGCCGACAGCGAUCUCGGAUCCGCCCUACCCAAACUCGAAGAUGGUCUCCACAACCUCGGCCAAGCCUUCGUCCCCCACAUGAUCGUCCCCAGCCCGUCCCUCCCGAAUCUAAAUAUGGCCGGGUUAGGCGGUCUCGAUCUGACAUCGCUUCUGGCCCAGGCUGCCCAGCUGAACAGCUUCCUGUCGUUGCCGUCACUUUUGAAGACCCAGCUGGCAAUGUCGGGGCAGAUGGGCAUUGGCGGGCAGCAGGAGGAGAUCGACCGUACCCGUCUCGAUCCACGCGCCGCCGCCUUGGCUUCAUUAUCAAACGCCCAACUACCGAUUGGCGGAUACCCCAGCCUGCUGAAACAGCAGCUACGAGAGCUGGUUUUACGGCGGAAAUCCCUCGUUCGAGAAGAACCGGAAGAAGUGAUCCCUAUGGAAGAGCAGUCCACUAGUGCUGUCGAAAAAGCUUCUUCGAUGGAAGUUCUAACGGAAGGGGAUUCACAGCCUACCACCGGUCUUGCCUACGAUGGUAACAUGUCGCGGCACGAAUGCGUCUGCGGGCAAAGCGGAUCACACGUGGAACACGGCGGAAGGGUGACAUCGAUUUGGGAGCGAUUACAGGCUGUUGGAUUGGUGCAAAGAUGUGAACGGGUACCAACCAAGAAAGCGUCCUUGGAAGCCUUACGAUCCGUCCACUCGUCAAUUUACGUCCAAUUCUUCGCCGUAUCCCCGACGGCUUGCCUCAAGAUGGAGCCAAGCGAAUUACCAUUGCGGAAUUUCGUGCAGCUACCCUGCGGCGGGAUAGGAGUCGACUCUGAUACCUAUUUUAAUGAUGCAAGCACGCAGAGUGCAGCGAGGACAGCGGCCGGGUCGUUAAUCGAGUUAUCGGCACAGGUGGCCGAAGGGAAAAUACGAAACGGGUUCGCGUGUAUUCGACCCCCAGGACACCAUGCGGAGAAGGACCUGGCGAUGGGCUUCUGUUUCUUCAACAAUGUGGCCGUUGCAGUCCGACAGUUACAGCAAAAGUAUCCGGAAAAGGCGAAGAGGAUUGCUAUUAUUGAUUGGGACGUCCAUCAUGGUAACGGAACCCAGCUAUGCUUUGAGAAUGACCCAACGGUUCUCUAUUUGUCUCUCCACCGACAUGACAACGGAAACUUCUUCCCUGGAACCGGUGCUGUUACGGAAGUCGGAAGUGGUGCUGGAAAGGGCUUCACUGUCAACAUCCCAUUCUCCGGUGAUGUCAUGCGAGAUGCUGAUUAUCUGGCGGCUUGGCGUGUCAUUGUCGCCCCAGUUCUCGAGCACUAUGACCCGACAUUCAUCAUGGUAUCUGCCGGAUUUGACGCUUGUACAGGACAUGCCAAUGCACUUGGAGGUUACGAGGUCUCCGCCCCAAUGUUCGGCUUCAUGACCCGACAACUGCUCCAGUACGCCGAGGGCCGUGUCGUUCUCGCGCUUGAGGGCGGCUAUGAAUUGUCAGCGAUUUCGGAUGCUGUUGAGCAUUGCGUGAAGGUGCUUUGCGGAGCCGAUGAGGACGCUGGUCGGUUGAGUGCCGAUGCGCUGGAGGGCAUCCCGUGUAUGGCGGCUCAGGAGACGAUACAGAAGGUGAUCGCCAUCCACAAAAAGCACUGGCCCACCCUGACGGCCAUCCAGGGCAUCAACACCAGCGAGCUGCAGUGGCAGACCCUUUCCCGAGAAUUGCAGCGGAUGUCGAUGAACCAGAAU